AGCCAAUGCGAGCCAGCUCCAGGACACAUCCGUGGCUGGCUAAGGCUGACCUCACCAGAGAUCUGGGGUAAUAGAUUUAGGAAAGGGAGGAAGGAAGCCAUACAACAGCAGCUGAAAGAGGGGGAUGUGAAUAUAGCAUAGUGAGAGUCCUGCAAACACCAAGGCCAGCAGAGAAGGAGAGGCAGGAUGUGCUCCCGGUGCCAGAACAGAUUCCCCUGCAGCCCCUGGUGAUGCAGCUGUGCCUCUGGGACCCAUGGAGGAUGAAGUCCGAGAUCAGGGUGAUGUAGGUGGAGGAAAGAUUACUCGUAAGACGUUUCUUUCUCUUUCCCAAGUUACUGCCUUGUCAGAAGAAGAUCUGGAAGGAGUUGAAAAGAAGAUGGCAGAAUUUCUGAAUCUUACACAAGUAAACACAUCUUUGAAAGAAACUAUUUUAUUCGAUUAUUAUACUGCAGGAUUUUGGUGGGCUAAAGAAAUGAACUUCAGUCUUAACCAGAUCUCAGGAUUCAUGGGUCUAUUAAAUUUCACCUUGGAGAACCUCAGCAUCAGACGUAUGACCUUGGAAGAGAAUUUAAAAGAACUUGAAAAAGCAGUGACUGGAAUAGGAGAAACUGAGUCAGAAGAAGGAGGUGACCUGAAUUUAUUCAACAUUGACCAAGGCAAAGAAAUCAUUGAUUUCUUGUUUAGCAGCUUAUUUCAACAUUAUAUAGCAUUUGAAUACCUCUUCCACAUUCGUAGAGAAGAGCCUGUGAUAAGUAAUGAGAAUGAGCUUGAACUUGACCAAUCUGCAGUUUCCCCCUCAGCUUCAGCGACAGAAUCUCAGGAGACUGACCAGGGGGAUUGCCUGCAAGAGCCCUGUCCAGAGGCAGCGUCUUCCCAGGCGGGUGAUGUAGCUGGAGUCACUGCUGAAGAUGAGAAGUCUGCAGUGGGUGAAAUCCCAAAUGAAGUUAUUGGCAACCUUGAGGCAGACUUAAAUGAAAAGCUGCAAAUGUAGGAAGAAGCUUAGACUUGGAGAAGAGAAAAAUUGAAAAGUCCUAACCAGCCAUGUAAGAAAGGUGAUGCUGGGUUUUGCAGGAAUUGUGCAGUAGGGAAUGGCACAUACAGAGCCUGGCUCACUACCUGAACCAAAUUAUUUUUGUAUAGAGGAAAAUGGUUCUGUUAACAUUUACCUGGAAGUAUUUCAUCUGAGUUCCUCAAAUUUACGGUAUUCUGCUAGUGUUGUUGUUUAGUUUAGACUUAAGUUGAAGAUUAUAAACAGAAGGGCACAUAAUUAAAACACGUUGAAGUUCAGUUUAUUUCUGAAUACAGUUCUAAAUUAUAACUUUAAAAAAAAAAAAAAAAGCUGCAGUUUCAUUCUCCCAGUUGUGAAAUACUUAACAGUUUCUGCUUUACACCUAUGGUUUUUUUCAGGAAGUGUUGCUACAAGGAAAAUACAUGGAGGGAAAACAUUAUUUUGUGGCACUGUAGAUAUAAUAAGGAGAGAAUUUAAUUAACAUGUAAUUAUGCGCCUUGCACUGUAGCUACUCAUUAAUAAUAUGUAUGUUGUUUUGUUUUAAUUUGCUUCUAAGCUUUAAAAAAAUUUAAUAGCUUACACUUCUUUUUUUCCACCAUAUUAAAAUUGUAUAACUGAAGAGUUUGCACUUAAGUAUUCAAAGAAGAGUUUCUUUAGAUUUCAGUGGAUUAUUUUCUGGAAUGCAUGUAUCCUUUCAUCUGAGAAUGUUUCCAUAUUUUGUCAGACAUUAUAGGAAUGUUUCAUGCUCGAAAAGAAUCCAACCAAAUAAAUGAUCUCAGAAGAACCGGUUGAACAUCUA